GUUACGGGGCUGCUUUCAGCCGGUACUGACCAUAAAGAUGCUUGGGUACGGGACAACAUCUACAGCAUCCUGGCUGUGUGGGGGCUGGGGAUGGCUUAUCGGAAGAAUGCGGACCGGGAUGAAGAUAAGGCCAAAGCCUACGAGCUCGAGCAGAACGUUGUGAAGCUGAUGCGGGGACUCUUACAGUGCAUGAUGAGACAGGUAGAAAAGGUAGAGAAGUUCAAACGCACACAGAGUACCAAAGACUGCCUACAUGCCAAGUAUAACUCUGCAACUUGUGCGACGGUGGUUGGGGAUGACCAGUGGGGGCAUCUACAAGUGGAUGCAACUUCCCUUUACCUGCUCUUCUUGGCACAGAUGACUGCAUCAGGGUUACGUAUUAUCUUCACCCUUGAUGAAGUUACCUUUAUUCAGAAUCUUGUUUUUUACAUAGAAGCUGCCUACAAAGUUGCUGAUUAUGGAAUUUGGGAACGUGGUGAUAAGACAAACCAGGGCAUCCCUGAACUGAACGCGAGCUCCGUAGGGAUGGCCAAAGCUGCUUUGGAAGCAAUUGAUGAACUAGAUCUUUUUGGAGCUCAUGGAGGACACAAAUCAGUGAUUCAUGUUCUUCCUGAUGAAGUAGAACAUUGUCAGUCUAUUCUAUACUCCAUGUUGCCAAGGGCAUCCACAUCAAAGGAGAUCGAUGCUGGCCUUCUCUCCAUUAUUUCUUACCCGGCUUUUGCAGUGGAGGAUCUAAACCUUGUUAAUGUGACCAAGAGUGAAAUCAUAUCCAAACUGCAGGGCCGCUAUGGCUGCUGUCGCUUUCUCCGAGAUGGUUACAAGACACCCAGAGAGGAUCCAAGCAGGCUGCACUAUGAUCCUGCUGAGCUCAAGCUCUUUGAGAAUAUUGAAUGUGAGUGGCCAGUGUUCUGGACAUACUUCCUAAUCGAUGGAGUAUUUAAUGAGGACAAAAUUCAGGUACAAGAGUAUAGAGAGGCUCUGGAAGGAAUACUUAUUAGAGAGAAGAAUGGAAUAGUGCUGAUGCCUGAACUGUAUGCAGUCCCUCCUGAAAAGGUCAACGAGGAGUAUGAAAAUCCUCACUCAGUGGAUCGUAUCCCAUUGGGAAAGUUGCCUCAUCUUUGGGGCCAAUCAUUGUAUGUCCUUAGCUGCCUGUUAGCAGAGGGGUUUCUUGCUGCAGGUGAAAUUGAUCCCUUAAACAGGAGAUUUUCCACCGGAUUUAAACCUGACGUUGUGGUACAAGUAACUGUUUUGGCAGAAUCUAAUCAAAUUAAGAGUCUCUUGCAAGACCAUGGCAUAAAUGUUCAGAGCAUUACUGAUAUCCAUCCGCUCAGAGUACAGCCAGCUCGCAUCCUGAGUAACCUCUACACCAUGCUGGGCCGGAACAAGAACAUGAAAUUAAGUGGACGGCCACACCGACACAUUGGAGUGUUAGGCACCUCCAAGCUGUAUGUGAUAAGAAAUCAAAUAUUUGCUUUUACUCCUCAGUUUACAGACCAGCAUCACUUCUAUCUGGCUCUAGACAAUCAGAUGAUUGUGGAGAUGCUUAAGACAGAGCUAGCUUACCUCACUUCUUGUUGGAGGAUGACAGGGAGGCCAACACUGACGUUUCCCAUCACCCACACAAUGCUUGUUGAUGAUGGUACUGACAUUCAUCCAGCAGUUCUUGCUACCAUAAGAAAAUUAGAGGAUGGUUAUUUUGGAGGUGCAAGGGUGAAGAUCGGCAAGCUAUCAGAAUUUCUUACCACCUCUUUUCAUACGUAUCUGAGCUUCCUGGAUCCAGACUGCGACGUGAAACUGUUUGAUGACCCUAAUGAAGGCCGUAAUAGUCCUGACAGUGAAUAUGGAAGCUAUCCAGCAGACUUCUGUGAAAAAGAAAGCCAGGAUGAGCUAGAUCAAUAUAUAAAUGACAUCCUGCAGAGUACAGCACUGAAGUCAUACCUGCCUCCAACUUCAAAGACUGCAAAUCAACCACCUGUGUUCAGUGCAAACCAUUCCACAAAGGAGAUACUCUCAAUAAUGGCCAAGACAAAGGGCUUGGAGGUUCCAGCUGUGCCUGUGUCUCUUCCCACUAAAGUUCUGAACACACACCGGAAGUCUCUGAAUCUUGUUGAUAAUCCCCAUUUCUUUGAGACAAAGGACUGUGAAAAUGUUUUGCACUUACCUAAAGAUGCUCAUGGUGAUUGGGAUUGCAGGAAACUUGUUGAGCAGCUCAAGGAAUGCCCAACGCUCCAUGAUCAAGCAGAUAUUUUAUAUAUCUUGCAUAUACUAAAAGGUGCUGACUGGGACACAGAGCUGGAUGGACAGUACGGCGUCACUGUUCAUUGCCUACUCAACGAGCUCUACAGAAAGGCAGGCCUCAAUCAAGAGUGGGGCUUGAUCCGUUAUAUUUCUGGUAUACUCAAAAAGAGAGUGGAAGUCCUGGCUGAGGCAUGCACAGACCUUCUGUCACACCACAAGCAACUUACAGUGGGCCUGCCACCAGAACCCCGUGAGAAAAUCAUUACCGCCCCACUGCCACCUGAGGAGCUCACAGAUCUUAUUUACGAAGCAAGUGGCCAAGACAUCAGUAUUGCAGUCCUGACACAGGAAAUAAUUACGUACUUGGCAAUGUACGUCCGGUCACAGCCUAGUCUUUUUGUGGAUAUGCUCAGGCUCCGCAUUGGUCUGAUCAUUCAGGUGAUGGCCACUGAGCUGGCUCGGAGUCUGAAAUGCUCAG